AAACUGACACGGAAGUGAAGCGAUUAGGAGGGUCAGAGUUGUUUUUUUUGGCAGCACGUGUGCAGCUCCUCACAGCCAUGCGUGUUGAGGUAGAAACCAUUUUACAGCUGUAGUUUUAAUUUAUUUUAAAGACUGAACAUGCCCAAAGACACAUCGUCGUCGUCGAGCGAAGAUGAAGCGGAGAAUGGCUCGGAGUCGACAGCACACCGAACAGAGACCAACAAGAAGAGCACGAAGUACGAUUGUCCUCAGGAUUUUGUGUCUUUCCGCCCUGCGUCGUGCAGCAGCAUGCUGCCGGACAACCUGAGGGACGGCGAGAACGAGCUGUGGCUCAUUAAAGCUCCCUCCAGCUUCAACCCCAAAAGUUUCCGUGGCCUUAUGGUUCCCCUCUCCGGUCUUCAGACCCUGAGGGUCCCCUCCGCUGCAGAGACCGGCACCAGCCAGCAGAUCUACAGCGUCCUGGCGUCGAGCCACUGCUCCCCGGAGCUCCGGCUCCUCACCAGCGACGGCCGGGCUUCAGACGGCGCCGCCUUCGGCCCCUCGUUUUCAGGCCUGCUGAACGUGUGCGAGAGUUACGGAGACAGCAGCACCAACCAGACCCCCCAGGUCAUCCCUGCUGCUCCAGCACCCUCCAUACCCCCCGGGCUCAAACAGCGCUUCCACCCCUUCGGCAGCAAAACUCCCACUCUCACCUACGUGGCGGAGAACGAGGCGGACGGAGCCGCCUUCGGACCCUCGUCCACCACCCUCCGACCCCUGGUGGUCAAAAGAUUCUUGGAAGAAGUGGUUCAUGAGGUAGAGGAGGAUGAUGAAGACGGCAGGAGGAAGAAAAAGAAGAAAAAGAAAGAGAAGCGGGUGAAGUCUGAGCUAAUCGAGGAGAUUCUGCAAGUGAAGCAGGAGCCCGUCGAUGUGUUCCAGGAGGCUGAGCAUCCGGUGGAGAAGAGCAAGAAGAAGAAGAAGAAGAAGGAGGACAGAGAGGUGGAGGAAGGACAGGAGCCCAGGGUGAAGGUGGAGCCGGUGUCCGUGAAGUGCGAACCGAUGGACGUUGGUUACGGCGACGUAGCAGAAUUCCAAGAAAAGAAGAAGAGAAAGAAGAAGAAACAUAAAACUGAUGAGGACUGACGGUUGGACUCAUUCAGCAGCUGUAAAAGUUUAGUCUCGUGUUUGAAGCAGAACGUGCGCAGCUGCAGGCGUCACCAGCAGGAGGAGGAUGAGGAGGAGGAGGAGGAUGAACGAGACGCGUCCACAGAUCUGCUGUUUGUUCUUGUCUUAAAGAGUCCGAGUCAAGUGACGGAGAUGCAGCAAAAACACAAAAUAAACACUUUAAAUGGAAAAUAAAGUUGUUUUGGGUCAUGUUGGUAUUUCAGAGCAAACAGCAACAUUUUCCUCUGAAUCCUUGUUGGAGCAGCGAAUCUCAGAAGGAAACUUGAAUUUAUCCUUAAAUCCUACAAACGAGUUUUACGACGAGCGUUUCUAAAGAUCAGGAGAAAGCAGGACCUUUAACAUCACAUGGACGUGUGUUACAGGAAACAUCCAGAUCAUCGUUUCCUCAAGGUUCUUCUGUAAAGUUUUUAAAAAUUAAACUAAUUCUGCUCACCAUGUGACAUUUUAACUUUAUUUACAAAGUUCCCUCAAAUAAAUUCAUUAAGAUCUUUGUGUCUUCACGAACAUUGUCCUCAACACUUUCUACAGAAAACCGGCUCGGUUUUGUCUCGGUCCACCUUUAACUUGAGCUAAAUGAUAAAUGGCCGGUACUUGUACGUCACCUGUGGAUCUGAUCGAGACACUCGGAGCUCUUUACAACAACCUGGGCCUCAUUUACCCGUUCAGACAUCACUGCUAGAUCAAUAAUAAGAUUAAUCAGCUUUAUCACAUUCAGACACUGAUGGGUCACACAUCGGAGGCAAUGACGGGUUCAAUGUCUUGCCCAGGGGCACUUCGGCACGUGACUGCCGGUGGACUCGAACCCUCAACUCUCCCAAUGGAGGACGACUGCUCUAACCACUCCACCACAGCUGCAAAUGGCAUUUUAAACAUUUUUUUACACAGCUGCAGUUGAACAUUGUAGAUUUUUGCAGAUUCUUCUGAAAAGUUAACGGCUGACGAUAUCGCUAACUUUGAAAUGUCAAAUAUUUCAAAACUUGUCC